CACCUCACCACCACGCCGCUACCAUGUCGCCGAUCCUCAAGCGCGACAUCUCCGAGACGGUCAAGCAGGCGCGGCGGCUGGCCGCGGCUGCAGGGCUGGGCGCGUACGACGACGACUCGGGCGAGUACGAGCUGGCGCGGGUGGCUGGCGGGUCCAGCAGCGGGGCGCCAAAGCCGCCGCCUCCGCCGCGCCGCGCCGGCGGCAGUAGCAGAGAGCAAGAUCCAGACGGCGCGCACCAGGCCCUCCUGCCGCGGAGCAGCGAUAGCGCCGACGACGACCGACCGCGCACCGAUGCACGCUCCCCCAGCCUUGCGGACGACUCGGCGUCAGACUACACGACGAUGAGCGCGAUCGAGUCCAAGUGGAGCGACCUGCGCGGCAUGCUACUGAGUUCGACCCCGUCGCUGCUCAUCGGCCUGUUGGGCAACGUCUUCUCCGGCGAGCUGCUGGAACACUGCGCACGAUGGCGCGUGUUCCGGCGCGUCGACGAGCUGUUCAUCCUCGUGCCGAUGAUAGGCAACCUCAAGGGGAAUCUCGAGAUGUGUCUCUCCGCGCGGCUCGGCACGUCGGCCAUGCUCGGUGAGCUCGACUCGCGACGUACGCGCCGCGGCUUGUUGCUUGGCAACAUGACGCUGCUGGUCCUCCAGGCGCUGCUCAUCUCAUCGCUCGCCGCCGUGCUCUCCUUCUGCCUCGGCCUCGUCACCACCCACCGACUGGGUGACGUGCCUUCAAGCCCCAGUAACACGACUACACCCGGGACCGUCGCCGACCCGACGCUCAACGAUCAGUGGAACGAGGGAAACACGCGCCCCGGGCUCGCGCAGCUCCUCAUGGUGCUCGCGACGGGCAUGUCGGCUGCCGGGCUGUCGUCGCUCACGCUGGGCUCGUUCAUGUCGUCCACCGUCGUCGUGUGCCGCUGGGCCCGCGUCGACCCAGACAACAUCACCCCGCCCGUCGCCGCGUGCCUCGGCGACCUGGUGACGCUGUUCAUCCUCGCGCUGGUCGGCACGGCGCUCGUCGGGACAAUGGACACGCCGCUGCCGCUCAUCGCCGUCGUGCUCAUGGUGCUCGCUGGCGGGUGGUUCACGCGCCGCGUGCUCACAAACGACUGGGUCAAGGCUAUCGCCAAGGGCUCGUGGGCGCCGCUCAUCGGCGCAAUGCUCAUCUCGUCGGGUACCGGCAUGGUCCUGAGCACCGGCGUCGCGCGAUACAAAGGCUUUGCGCUGCUCGCCAUCGCUAUGACGGGCCUUACGGGCUCGCUCGGCGCGAUCCACGCGAACCGCCUCAGUACCAGCCUCCAUAUGGGCCUGCACCCCGGCUCCAAGCAGGGCCGCCACAUGCUCACACCCGGCCAGAGCCUCCUCGUGCUCUUCUGCCUCAGCUUGCCUUGUGAAGCCGCGUUCCUCGCCUUUGUCAACAUUGCGGGCUGGAUCGAUGUCGAUCUCGGAUGGGUCGGAUGGGUCGUGUACAUCACCGCCGUGACCUUUUCUCUCCUCGCCGCCCACUACCUCACCCUCUUCUGCUGGCGUCGCGACCUCGACCCAGACUCCUACACACUCCCCAUCCACUCCGCCAUCGUCGACUUUGUCGGCCAGCUCCUCCUCAUGCUCGGCUACGAGCUCUGCCGCCUCCUCGGCAACACAAGCGUCAUGGAGGCCGCAAAGGACACCAUUUAGCACUGCACACUCUCACCCACAACCAUCCACUGUAGCACUGCAAUCUUGUACAAGUAUGCAUAUGUAAAC